AUGGCGGCGGCGAUCGCCUUCGUGAACAGACUGAACGCGCGCAGACUCGAGCUCAGACUGAGCCCGAUCAGCUGGCACGAGAGGUGCGCCAGAGUCCUCCCGAGUCCUGCCCGAGUGCGCUGGCUGUGGAAGGACGCGCCGUCCGACAUGACGGACGACGACGUGCGGCACUUGCUGGCGAUCGACGCCGUGUUCAUGCUCUGCUUUUUCCAGAGUCUGGGGUGCAAGUUCCCGCAGAUCCAGGCCCUGGAUCCGGACGAGGCCGUGAUCUGGAGACUGGAAGGUAUUAUGCACGACUUUCUGCUGAUGGAGAACCAGAUUCCUCUCGUGCUGAUACAGAACGCGCUCGCUCUGGCCCUGGAGGGCGAACACAGAAAGCACGCGAAGCUCGAUCGGGUGGUUGUCAUAAACCCGAGCCCUGACGACGAUUCAUCGUCAGUGGACUCCGAUGUCGAUGAGAGGGUGGAUCUCGUAUGCGCAGAAGCUUUCCAUCCGGAGGUAGAUGAGCUUCUGUCCUCGGUAUUAGGAACUGUUCUGGUGGAUGCUGGGCUGCAGGGGUUCAGUGACAACGUCGUGCCGAGAUCUCAGACCGUGAGCUCUGAUCACUUGUUGGAUUUGGUGUACAGAGUGGUGGCGUUCAAAUUUAUAACACCAGACGUGGAUGGUGAUGACAAUCCUCGGCCUGGUAGGAAUAGCACGCGCUUGGUCGGUGCAUUGAUCAAACAGGAUAGGAGAGAAAAGUCUCUGUACUUCUUUCUGAACCUGAUGAUUUACCUGGGCCACCUGCAAUCCAUUUUCCCGAGGCGCUUUGUAGCUGCAUUCCAUUCCAGGUUGCAGAAUUUUCGAGAAGAUCGCUGGCGCAACUCUCACUUCAUUCCGACAGCCUCGAAGCUGAGAAAGGCUGGCAUUGCAGUCAAAGGCUUAAAGGAUGCGAAGAUUUGGGACUACAAAAUGGAGCAGGGUCUAUUCACGGACACUUUGUGCAUCCCGAAGCUCGACCUCUGGUUCCAAACUGCGAACUCGCUGAGGAAUUUGCUCCUAAUAGAAAUGAGGCACCAGUCGUUGAUGAACCGUGAGUGGCAGCCGCUGAUGGAGUAUUUGAUUCUCCUGGACCAGCUGGUGGACACGAGGGAAGACGCCGUGAUUUUGUGUGAUAACACAGACGACUAUGUGAUCUUCAACACCCUGGGCGAUGCUGGCGUUGCGGCAACAAAGAUCAAUGAUCCUUGCCAAGGCUGUCUUAUAACGGGAAACUCUCCUAGAUUCGUUAAGUUCUGCAGGGAUGUGCAGCAGUGGUAUAAACGGAGGAGGAAGCGAAUAUUGCGGGAGUUUGUGGAGACCCAUUUGAAUAAGCCCUGGAAAAUAGCUUCACUCCUCGCCGCCAUAUUGCUGCUCGUGCUGACUGCCCUCCAGACUUUAUAUUCCAUACUCUCCUUCUACGGCAUUUAG